AUGAUUGACGAAGAAUUUAGGACUAUUUUGUCACAUAUUAGACCCUUGUGUGCCGACACAAAGGAUGAAAAAGACAAGUCAAGCAUUAGCUGUUUGAUUAAAGAAAUAUCGGAUUUAAAACGCAACGAUUUUGAAAAACUUCAAAGGAAUGAGCUUGCUAAGUCAUUACUUUAUAAACUUAGAUCAAGUCAAAAUACGCGAGAAAUAGAUGGAAUGCAGAAGUUGCAAUUAAAUAAUGACCUUAUUAAUAUAAAUACGUUUAAGAAUGCUCAGAAAACUCUUAGUCUAGAUAAAUACCUACAGUCUGACAGUAAAACAGAUUUUACUAAAGGUCGUACACAUGCUGCAACAAAACAGGCGUCAUUAUAUCGUUCACGAAAGUGUACACUGCCUACUAAGAAGUCACUUUAUAAACAGAUUUCAAGUUUAUCUGCACAAUCGUCAACUAAACUCAAGAAAGCCAGUCAUCAUGAUAUUAUGCAUAAACCGCCUAUGGACAGUGAUAUAAAUGGCACAAAGGAUAGUAAGCCUAAAAAGGAGUUAUUGGAAAGGAUCGAAGUAAAGAAAGACUGUCAAGACUGGAUAUCUGAUGAAAAUAACUAUUCCUCUGAGGCUGAGGAUAAUAAUGCGGAGAGUGAAAAGUUUAUAAAUGAAGACGAAAUUGAGGGCUGUGAAGAAGAUGACGGAGAAGAGGAGCAGGAGGGGGAUGAAGAAUCUGAUAGUCAGUCAACAAAUAAAAGAUAUGAAGGUGCAUAUCAGCAGAAUGUUCAAGGGAAUUUAAAAGGGCCUACAGCGCGUACAGCUAAAAAAGAAGAAUAUAGUUUGACAAAUAUACGUGAAACUAUCAGUCGUCUUCAAGGUAAAGAGUUGUUACAGAGAGCUCAAGCAAUGGAAACUGAAUUUUAUGAACGUCUAAUUGAACUUAGAAAAGAAAAUGAAAUAGAAGUAUCGAAAAUUGUGAAUCGGAAAAAUGCAGAAUUAAUUGCUGUACAAAAAGCUGCGGAGGCGAAGCAUCGUGAACUUCGUGAAGCUGUAGACAAAUUAGAAAACCAAUUAUCCGAAGCGAUCAAUAAUGCUGAUCAAACAAAACGCAAUUCUGAAGAUAAGAUGAAUCAGUUACAGUCUAUGAUGAACAGACAACUUGAGAAUCUUUUGAAGCAGUCUAGCGAACAACGGACCAAUGAAUCAGCUAGAAAAGAAGUUGAACGAAAUAAAAUUCUUAUUGAAGAGUUGGAGUCACAAUUGCGACUAGAGUGUGGACAAAGUAAACACUUACAAGAACAGCUGUCAAAAGUAAUGUCAGAAAAAAGUGAACUGCAAGAUUCACUAAAAACUGAAGUUGAAAAGGAAGGUGAAUUAUCGAAGAAGUUUAAACAGCUUCAAUGUAAUUUCGAUGAGAUAAAUCAACGACAUCAGGCAUUAGAGUCAAAAUAUCAAACUUGUCUGGAGGACCAUCAACAGGAAAUGAAGGCUAUUCGUUCAGAACAUGCUAAACGCAUAACUGCUAUGGAGAUGGAAUUAACAGAGAAUGAAAAGCAGUACAAAACUAAUAUAGAAAGCAUUAAAAAAGAGUUUAAUUCUAAACUGGAAGACAGUCGUUUAUCUUGCGAACAUCAAAUAGAAACCAGGGUCAAAGAAGCUGAAACACUUGGCUAUCAAAACUGUUCACAAAUUAAAGAUGCUGAAAUCAGAAGCUUACAACAAACUAUUAAAGAGACUAAAGAAUUAAAUUCAAAUAAUGAGAUAAAAUAUCAAGAAAUUAUAAGCCAACUCAAACGAGAUAUCACCAAGUUAAAGGAUACCAUAAAAGAGAUUAAAGAUCUUUAUGAAUCUAAAGAAAACCAUCUUCUGACUACAAUCAAAAAAUUACAGGAGCAGCAUCAAUCUACGCAUAACACUUCGCUUAAUGAUAACACGAUAAAUGAAACAAAUUCAGUGCAGACAAACUUUAUUAGUGAAAUGAAUCCAUUCAUAGAAGUAAUAAGUGAAAAAUUGUCCAGUCAAUUUACUCAAUGGAGACAUCAACAUGUACAAGAAGCAAUUAUGUGUGCAAAACAAGAAGAGAUUAAUCGCUUAGAAAGUGAAUUUAAACAAAGAGAGAAUGUGAUACGUAACGAAUUGUCAGAGAAACUUGAGAAUACUCAAAAUGAAAAGAAUCGAAUAAUUGAAACACUUAGCCGCUCAUUAGAAGGAUCAAAGUUAGACAUAUUAAGACUUGAAGCUGAACUUAAAGAAGCUAGACGUAUAGCAAUUAAAGAAGUUGACUUAAGACGUGAACAACUAUCAGAAAUUAGUUUAGCUCGAGAAACGGAACGUAAAGAAUUAAUUUCAGAACAUGAACACGCUAUGAAUGAAGAACAACAAAAAAAUGAAGACAUUAUACAACGAAUAAAACAACAACAUGCUGAAGAAAUAAAGUCAAUAUCUUCUCAGGCUGACGAGAAGCUGGCUGAUAUGGAAAAGGAAUAUAAAAACCGAUUGAAGGAGGCGAAUAAGCGAUUAAACGAAAGUCAAGCAAAAAUAAACGAUUUGGAUGUUGUAUUACAAGGAGCUUUACAAGACAGAAAACAUACACAAGAAGCUUUAACACAAUCUCAUCAAAAAAUACUGGUGUUGAAGGAGACUAUAUCAAAAGAACGUACACGAGCACGUUUAGCUGAAGCUUCACUGAGACAACAAGAAAAAGCGUGGAAUGACAUGAAAACUCGUUGGCAUGAAGAACGCAUAGCACAGCUGGGGAAUUCACUGCCCAUAGAAACACGCACACAUAUGGAAGCUACCAUAGAAGCUCUUCGUCUACAGGUUAAUUUGCUGAGAAAGCGAAUAGCAGUAAUGGAAGAAGAUCGAGAAACAAACUUCAUCUAUCCACAAACAAUACAUUCAAUGGAUCAGAAAAUAUUACUACAAAAUGACAACAUCUUGGAAAAAGAAUCUCCAGUAAAAGAGAAAUCUGAAACGAAACAAGUCAGCAUGGAAAAUAAAUGCAGAGCAGAGGACAAAUGUUCAGUCUAUUUGGGUGAUACAGGAGGGCAAAAGUCAAGUAGCGAAUGUCUAGUUUCAAAAACGAACUUUAACCCGUAUCCAUGUAAAACAGUUUCUUCAGGUGAUUGGUUAUACGGUAUGUGA